AUGAGCAAUCCAAACACGCCCGAUCUGGCCCAGAUUCUCCGUGACCUUGCCGCCUAUCAACCCGAUCCCCAGCCAUCGCAAACCGCGCCGCCAUAUGGUACCUCGCUGAACACGUCCGCAAACGGAUCCCACUCUCUUUCUGCUCCAAGUAUUUCUUCCUUUCAGCAACAAUAUCCUUCACAGUCUUUCAAUCAGCCAGAAAGCUCCCAAGCUGCGCGUGUUCCUUCGCAUACAAACGUUUCCAGCAAUUGCAGGCCUUAUGAGCCGGGUCACUCGUCCAGUCAGCGGGAAUCACAAAUCUUGGGUGAUGCAUCUUCUAUUACAGAAUGGGGACCAGGUCUACGUCAUGUUAGUCGGCUUGCUGCAUUAAACCCCGAGUUUGAACGAACCGUUAAGCAGUUAAUGGCGGAUCAGCAAACACAUGAAGUUGAAUGGUUUAACGGACGCGAGGCACUCUUGGCCAAGCAAGCGUCGAGGGAUGAGAACACGACGAAACUAGACGCAAUUUUCCGUUCUAUUGGUGGCUCAAUAGCGCCGUCUGCACCGAUGAAUCCCCAGGAAAAAGAAGUGGAAUUAAGGCAGUACGAUAAAAAGGUGUACAAGGCAUCCCAGGAUAUGUACAGUGCCUUCUCCGUCAGACUGGAGCGACUGGGUGUGCCAUUCUUCUCGGGGAACAGAGAUGGCCCAAGUCCUUUGCAGGAGAAAAUGAUCAAGCACCUUGAAGAUAUGUUUGGGGAUUUGAAGGCUUAA